GCUUCAAUCCUGCCUUUUCUGCUUUGCUCAAGGAAGGCACAAAGUUUUCCUGUUUGAAUUACAUAUAUGGCUACUCUGAACGAUAUUGGAGUUGCAGCAGCCAUUAAUAUCCUUACCGCAUUUGCUUUCUUCCUGGCAUUUGCUGUUCUUAGAAUUCAGCCUGUAAAUGAUAGGGUUUACUUUCCAAAAUGGUAUCUCAAAGGUUUGAGGAGCAGUCCAUUGCGAAGUGGGGCUUCUGUAAGCAAGUUUGUAAAUUUGGACUUCAGGUCAUACGUGAGGUUUCUGACUUGGAUGCCUGCGGCACUCCAAAUGCCAGAACCUGAGCUGAUUGAUCAUGCUGGGUUGGAUUCUGCUGUUUACUUGAGGAUUUACUUGAUAGGGCUUAAGAUAUUUGUCCCUAUUACUUUGUUAGCAUUUUCCAUCAUGGUGCCCGUUAAUUGGACAAACAAGACCUUAGAGCAUUCUAAUUUAACUUACAGUGAUGUGGAUAAGCUUUCUAUAUCAAAUAUUCCAUCUGCAUCACAUAGAUUUUGGACACAUUUAGUGAUGGCUUAUGCCUUUACCUUUUGGACUUGCUAUGUGUUGAAAAGAGAAUUUGAGAUAGUGGCAGCAUUGCGGUUGCAUUUUCUUGCAUCAGAACAAAGACAUCCAGACCAAUUCACAGUACUGGUCAGAAAUGUCCCACCAGAUCCAGACGAAUCAAUUAGUGAGCUCUUGGAACAUUUUUUUCUGGUCAAUCAUCCUGAUCACUAUCUUAGCCAUCAGGUUGUCUAUAACGCAAACCGACUUUCUGAAUUAGUUAAUGAGAAAAAUAAAACCCAGAAUUGGCUUGACUACUAUCAAAAUAAAUAUUCAAGACAUCCAGAUCACAAACCCUCAAUCAAGACUGGUUUUCUUGGCCUUUGUGGAAGCAGAGUUGAUGCAAUUGAUUUUUAUACAUCCAAAAUUGAGAGAUUAUCAAGAGAUAUAUCCCAGGAAAGAGAGAAAAUUAUGGGCAAUGCUAGAUCCAUCAUGCCAGCAGCUUUUGUAUCCUUCCAAACUCGAUGGGGAGCUGCUGUUUGUGCACAAACUCAACUAUCCAGAAACCCAACUACAUGGUUAACUGAGUGGGCUCCAGAGCCACGUGAUGUUUGCUGGGAAAAUCUGGCAAUUCCAUAUGUCUCACUCACAAUCAGGAGACUUAUUAUUGCAGUUGCAUUUUUCUUCCUUACCUUCUUUUUCAUGAUCCCUAUUGUAUUUGUACAAUCCCUUGCAAACAUAGAGGCUAUUGAGAAAGCACUACCCUUUCUAAAACCUAUAAUUGAAGUGAAAUUCAUAAAAUCAUUGAUUCAAGGUUUCCUUCCUGGGAUUGCGUUGAAGAUUUUUCUUAUAUUUCUACCUACAAUAUUAAUGCUAAUGUCUAAGUUUGAAGGCUUCAUUAGUCAAUCAGCUUUGGAAAGGAGAUCUGCAACUAGAUAUUAUUUCUUCCAGUUUAUUAAUGUGUUUCUUGGGAGCAUAAUUACAGGAACUGCAUUUCAGCAGCUUAAUAAUUUCAUCCACCAGUCUGCUAAUGAUAUCCCAAAAACAAUUGGGGCGUCAAUUCCAAUGAAGGCUACAUUCUUCAUUACAUAUAUAAUGGUUGAUGGUUGGGCUGGAGUUGCUGCAGAAAUUCUGAGGUUGAAGCCCUUAGUAAUCUACCACUUAAAGAAUUUCUUCUUGGUAAAGACUGAAAAGGAUAGGGAAGAGGCAAUGGAUCCAGGAACUCUUGGUUUCAACACUGGAGAACCUCAAAUCCAACUUUACUUCUUACUUGGCUUGGUUUAUGCUGUGGUGACUCCAAUUCUGCUUCCUUUCAUAAUAAUAUUCUUCAGCUUGGCAUAUGUUGUAUACCGUCACCAGAUCAUAAAUGUCUACAAUCAGGAAUAUGAGAGUGCUGCAGCAUUCUGGCCUGAUGUCCAUGCACGUAUUGUUACUGCAUUAAUCAUCUCACAGCUGCUACUUAUGGGAUUGUUGAGCACAAAAGAAGCUGCCCAGUCAACUCCAUUGCUUAUUAUGCUUCCCAUAUUAACCAUCUGGUUCCAUAGAUUCUGUAAAGAGCGUUACGAGCCAGCUUUUAUCAGCUAUCCAUUGCAGGAAGCAAUGAUGAAAGAUACACUGGAACGUACAAGGGAACCCAACCUGAACUUGAAAGGAUUCCUUCAAAAUGCUUAUAUUCACCCAGUUUUCAAGCAGGCAGAUGACAAUGACAAUGAAUCUGCAAACGAAGAGAGUGACCAGGAACCAGCGCUCAUUCCAACAAAACGUGGCUCUCGAACGUCUAUUCCAAUGCCCAGUAAACAUGGAGGAUCGACAUCAAAUUCCCUGUCCAGUAAUCAGGGAAAUUCAUGACUUGACCUUAGAAGUACUUUCUUUUCUUCAGCUUCUUAAGAGGUUAAGUGCUCAGUUUUUGCAAAAGUUGGUAAAUUGGCCUCUAAUCGUUGCCAAUUGGUAGAGCACGAAGUGAAAAACAAAGUUUGAGAAAAUAUGAGAUGUUGUGAAUAUAGAACCUGGAAU